GUUAUUGCAAUGUUUUUGAUAUUUAUGAUAAUAAUCAAGUUUUCAUAAAAAUUCCAAUGGAUUACAAUAAUGCAAAUAAAUGUUCAAAUUUUAACAUAGUUUGAUUUUCUUCUUUAGCCAUUAGCUUUAACCAUAGCCAUCUGCUUAUAAAUGAUGAUGAACUGCAAUGCUUUAAAUAACACCGAAGAAGAUAUAGUUAUUUUAAAAGCUAAACAGUUUUUAGAGACUGAUUCAUGUAGGGCAAAGGCUCUUAUUAUAACUGCACAAACUUUAUUUCCAAAUCAUUUUGGAGUGCAGUAUGAAGCAUAUAAAAUUGAAAAAUUGGAUCGCGAUGUGGAGAAAUCGGCGAAGUAUUUUAAUUUUAUAAUAAGUAAUUUCAAGCAACCACCUCCAGAAUUAUGGGAUGAAGUUUCUGCAAUAGCAUCAGCUUUACGAUGUCCGAAAGAAGACUUAACAGCAGAACAAGAGUUUUUAUCAGACAUGUUUCAGAAUUUAAAUGAAGAGGUCCAACAUAAACUGCUCAUGCUAACUGCAGAUCAUAGCGAGGAUACAUUGGAACAUUGCAGAUUAUUACUUCUUCUUGUUCAUAAAUUUCCUAAAACCAUUAGUACAUAUGGGCCUAGCCUUGUUGAAACUUUACUUUCCGCUGAAUGCUAUGGUUCUGGAACAACCUCUUGGGUAGAACUGCUCAUGGAUGAAGUAAUGCCUUUAAUAACUCCAAUGCAGACAACACCUUCAAUAUUUCCAGUAAAUAUGCUUCAUAGAUUAUUCCUAAAAAGCAUAGAUUUUUACAUGAAUAAAUUGUAUAACACUGAGAAACAAAGCACACAAUUCUCUUGGAGCAUAUGGAAUAAAACAUUUAGUAUUCUUGAGUUUGUUGGAAAACAGUUGGGUUGGGAAAACCACCUGGUUUGUUUCGAUAACUCAUGGAACAAGGAAAAUUAUUAUUCCAAACUAUUGCAAAGAUUAACACCAAAAAAACAACCAAUGAAUGGCGAUGAUAAAAAAUUAUUGUUUUGUGGUACAAUACUCUUUCUAAAAUGUCUUCAUGAGUAUACAAAUGAUUUAAUAUGCUGUGUAAAGGGGAAUUAUGUCAAAACAACACUUAUUGAACUUCAUAAAGCUGUUAAUAUUAGUGUAGAUCAUAUUGCAAAAAGACCAAAACUGGAAAAUACAGAUUCUGAAAUUUGUAUUGAAAUAGAUGGGGUCAUUCAAGAAUCGAAUGCACUAGAUAUUGCAAUCAAAACUUGGGAUUUAAUGCAUUCUGUUGAUAAUUUUAGAAGAGAUUUUCCUAAACUACUGUAUGGAUUACAUUUAGAUAACUGGUUAGAUAGUUUUCGGUUAGAUAUGUCACUGUAUCGUGGACAGUAUGAUAAUGUUGCCACCACUUUGAGAUCAGUAUCCAAUUCUUUAUCAAGUUCUGCUAGAAAUGUGAAACUGAUAUCAAUUGCUCUAAAGCAGAAACAGUAUUCACAAUGUUUUGAAUAUAUUGAUGCAACUAUAUCUAAUUUACCAACAUACCAAGGUGAUAUCCAGAAUAUACGAGCUAAUCAAACACAAUUAUUCAAACAUCAACUUCACUUUUUACCUUUAACAAGCACUCACAUAAUUUAUUAUUGUGCUAAAGUUUUAAUACACAUUCUAAAAAUUAGCAUAACAAAUUUAUCUGAUUUAGAGUUAGGCCAUUUAAUGGUCUUAAUGCAACUUGAUCGAUUAGAGGAGAGUUCGACAUAUUCUAGAAUAUUUGAAAUUAUAAGUAAAAAUCAAAUUUUUCGAUAUCCACUUUUUCAGAAAUACAUAGUUGAUGCUGCUAUUUUAGAAGAAAUAAUGUAUUUAUCUUCAGAACAAGGAGGUUCUAUAGUGUUUGACAUAUUUCCUCAUUUGGAGUUAAAUCCAGGGCAAAGAAGAAUGGGAACUAGACAUGCAGAUAAGGGAGUGAAGGAAGAUUUUAAGCAAAAUAUAAAGCUACAGCUGAGUCGAUGUAAUGAGCCGUAUGAACAAGUAAUCGCAAAUUUUAUUACUUCUGAACGAAGCAAUCUUGUGCAGUGUCUUAAAGUUAUAUGUUUAUAGGUAUAAUACUACCAUAAUAUAUUGAAUUUAGUGUCAAAUGUAGCAAUUACUAUGGAGAAAGAAAAACGUGUUCAUAAUUUUAAACAAAAAAUGGAAAAAUUUUACUAAUCGGCAAUUGUUAUUUAACGAAUUCAUUAAUUUUUGGGCUGUUUUUGGGUUUAUUAAUCACAUAUCUUAUAUACAAACUAGUGGUGCAUGGUAUUGUGCCUUAAGACAAAUUACUUGAGCUCUCCAUAUCGCAAUCAAACA